CUGAACUUAAUUAUAACUAAACUUCAUACCCUCGCAUUCAAAAGGUCAAAACAGUUAUUGUUUUUAUUAUUAGUUAAUCGAAAUAAACAAAGUUUAAAUUGAGAUGGAUUCAAGAAGUUCAAAUCUCUCCAGAGUGUUCGCGAAAAGAAGAAAAAAACCUAGCGGUAGUAUAGACCAAGGAGGGAUCGAUGGAAGCAGUCAGUGGUCGGAGUAUCCGAUCAUCAGCGAGCACUCGGAGACAGUCGAGCCCGAUUACCACGGGGAAAGCAGCCAAUUUCUGUUUUCUUCAGGAUACUCGGUGGAACCCAACCUGUACUCGAUCAACCAAUCACAUGUCUCGGAGGGAGAGGGCCACGUUCUCUCGGACUCAUGCAUGACUCAAACGUACGACACUAUGGAAGAUAUCGUGAGUCAUGCAUGGGGGCACAAUGGACACAAGACACGGGCAUACCGAGAGGGGGUGAUACAGAAAAAAUUGGGUCUGCAGAGCCACAGAAGAUUCGAGGAGUCUCGUCGAAUGACUAAUUCUCAAACGGCCAGUUUCCAAAAGUCAUCGACUAAUGAGCGGAAGGGGGCAUCGUGGCUGCUGUGGUUCAUUGAGAAGAUAGUGGGACUGAGUGGACAGCCGCAGAAGACGAACAUAGUGGCAGAUGUGAUCUACCUCUUCCUCAUAGUAGUCACAAUCGGAUACUUCUUCCUCUGUGCCGUCUUCAUCACCAUCGAAAUCAGAGAAGAGCAGAAGCAAUCAGACGUGAACGUGUGGGAAAAACUGAAAGAAAUUCUCAUCAAUCAGUUCAAGUUUCUCUGGAAGGCUUCCCUCUGCAUCGUAUUCAGAAAUGAGUUGAGAAAACUUAUCAACGACGACUUGAUGGUGCGGACUCUGUUGAAACACGUGAAGAUGUUGACCCCUCUGCCGUUUGUGGCAAUUCUGUUAGGUUUCGCCUCCACUACACUCGACAUCUUCAUAGACUUGAGGACUAACUUCUUGAAGCUUUAUUCUAAUGUACACGUGGCCUCCUACGCAGAGCCGACAUUACUCACAUUUCGGACCAUAACAUCAGUUCUGUCUAUUACCUGGAGUAACCUUCUGUUAGUUCUGCUGGGUGCCUGGUGCAACUACCUCUCAGACACUAUCAAACUCAUGUUCAGAGACCUAGAUGAAGACGCUGUCAUUUGCGAGUACAACUUCUUCAUUCACCAACAACAAAAACAGCUGCAUCAGCAACAGCGAAUCAGACCACAGAGGAACGAAUACUCAACUGGCAUCAGAGAUAUUCACAAUCACAAUGCAAUCAAUGUGACAAACAGGAGUUCCUAUUUGAGAGACAGAGAAGAGGUGGGGCAGCUGCACUCCAGACACAGUCCCACCCCUGACAGAGGGGGUGGUGGGGGCGGGGGAGGAGCACUGAGAGAGGGCGGGGGAGGGGUUUGUCAGACUUGUGAUGAAAUUGAGAUACUCACAAAUGAACAGCUUCUGCUGAUGUACACUCAGUUGCGUGAACGACUAGUGUACACUUCAACUAGUUUCGAGACAUGGCUGGGUCUGAACCUUCUCUCUGGCUGCUUGAAUUCAGUCUUGUUCCUGUUGCGCUACGUCACUGAUGGCGCUGAGCUGGAUGUAAUUGCUAGACAGGCGUUAAUCAUGGGCUACUUACCUGUCCUAGUUCAGAAUGUGCUCCGAGUCAACUCCCAGUUGGGUAAUUUGCCCAAGCAUAUCUACCCUCUACCUACCCGUGCCUCUGUAUUCACCCUCAUAAACGCAUCCAAAGCAGAACUGUGUAUUUUUGGAAGACCUCUAACUUACGGAUCUGUAUGUGCAGUAUUCCUGGCCAUAUGUGUCGGACUGACAACAAGACUCCUUGUGCAGCUAUAAAAUAACUUUGAGCUCAAAUAAAUCAAAAGAUCAACCUAAAAUAAUGAGUUAUGAUCAGACCGGACUCCGUCGAACAGCCAAAAAAACAACACUUCUUGCUGUAUGGUUA